CAACGUUAUUGGGUAUUCAUCUGGUAUUACCAAUUGGAUCACCAGAAGCUGUAACAAGGGAUUCUUCUCGACCUCAGGCUCUUAUGGAAAUUGUUGUGGAAAUGGGCUCUGUGAUUUUAUGACAUUCUGCGGAGACGGGACCGCAUUUUUUGAGAAUGCUACACCUGUACCAUGUGGCGGUACAAGUACUUGCGGAACCGGAACGAUAUAUCGCACUAGGGGCGACUCCCAUCCUUUGACGAUGUAUAAUUGCCAGUCCGGCUGGGAGGUGACAAUAACAACCUCAAUAAGCUCACUGAAGCCUGCGCCUUCUCAGGUCACAGUUACCCAGACCACGACUGCUACAGCUGAGAAAACGGUUGUUACUGCCCCAUCAGCACCACCACAGCCUCCAAGUAGCGCUGCUGUUGCUUCAAGUAGUGCCGUUGCUUCAAGUAGUGCCGCUCCUUCAAGCAAAGUUGCCUCAUCUCCACCUCCGGAGCCGUCAACAAUAGUUGUAGUCUACACGUCAGUAGUCGAUCAAACCCCUUCAGGAGGCGGGGCCGUUGUUCCCGUCACCUUGGUUAUAACCUCCUCCACAAUCUCAACCCCCAAAUACGCAACGGCAGCAGCAACGGAGACCGGAGCAGCAACAGCAAUAUCGACUUCUACCGCCCAAAUCACUCAUUCCAACAACGUGCCCAUCAUUGCCGGUGCAUCCGUGGGCGGCGCCGCAAUCCUCGCAUUCGCCGCAAUCGGCGUGUUCAUCUUUAGACGUAAGCAUAACAACACGCCUCCAGGAGCAUCAGCGGCGAAUCCAGCCCCUCCAGUAGCGCCAAUUCCACCGGUUCCUGAUUGGAAGCCCAUACAACCCGUCAUAGGUAUGGCGGAGGCGCCAAUACGGCAAUGGUCGCCGGAACCCGGGCAGUCAUAUCAGUUUGUACCAUCACCCACUUCUCCUGCUUCUCCUGCUCCUCCCUAUGAUGUAAAUAGAAGCGAACUUUUGGGGAGUGCGAUGGCUUACGAAAUGCCGACACAGCAGUAUGAAUACAGGAACUAUUAGUACGUAUAAAUUGCGAAUAUAGGCUUUCGACUGGUGCACAAAUGGGAAGUUUCUACUGCAUUAUCUCAGGGUCGCGACGAGGUUUUGAUAAUUGAGUUAAAGGGUAUGUGGCUUCUAAAAUCCACAGAAAACGUAAUGUAUAUAACGAAGACACGGGCUUGAUUAAUUGGACUUGAGCAGCCACAAUAACAAGUAUCUACCCACACAACCUGGUAGAAAUGGUUGCUUUGUUCUCUCUUUUGAUGCCAGGCAUUUAGAGACGUAUUGCCCGUCCUUCUAAUUGUUCCACAUCCUCGUUUAUGGUCCAACCUUCAAGUAAAAUUGGCC